GUGCUCAGAAAAAACGGCGGAGUGAUCCCUCUUCACCCCGCCCCUCUCUGAAAUCGUUCCACUACGUCAGCUCGUCCCGUCCGCUCGGUGAAGAUGUCUGCGACGGGCUCAGGCGGCUGUGGACCCGGACCCGCCUCGGGCGCCGGCUCCGGGGCGUCCAACCCGCGAAAGUUCAGCGAGAAGAUAGCACUGCACACCCAGCGGCAGGCCGAGGAGACGGCCGCCUUCCAGGAGGUCAUGAUGGACAUCACUUCGACCAGGCUCCAGGCCCAGAAGCUCCGCCUUGCCAGGAGUCAGGGGCCGUACUAUGGCGGCUCAUUACCAAACGUGAACCAGAUCGGCAGGACCCCUCAGGACUUCCAGGGCUCCUUCCCGUCCACUCUGGAGUCCAGUCGGGCGACGCGGCAUCACGGGCUGGUGGAGCGAGUGCAGAGGGACCGCCGCUUCGUCUCGCCGGUCCGACCAUAUCGCAAAAUGGACAGCUCCCCGUACAGCCCCGCCUACCUGUCGCCGCCGCCCGACCCCAGCUGGAGAAGGAAUUGGUCUGGAAACUUCCCCGGGGAUAAAAGCCAGUUGUUUCGUCUCCCCACCACUGCACUCAACAGGACCAACUCCGACUCAGCGCUCCACACCAGCGUGAUGAAUCCGCCCUCCGGAGACCCGUUCAGCACCGGCGGACCAACGCUCGCCCUUCAGAAUGCCAGAAUCGGCGGUCAGAGCGACGGCGAGGGCAGAAGAAUGUUUCCGUAUCCUGUCCCUCCCAUCGAGGAGAACGUGUUGGACGAGGGGAAGCUGAUGAAACCCUGGGACACCAAGAAGCUGCCGUUGCUGUCAUCGCGGCCGAAGUCCUGCGAAGUUCCCGGCAUCAAUAUCUUCACUUCCCCGGAGCAGCCGUCCACACCGGCUCACGGUGUCCCCUCAGCGCUGAACACUGGCGGCUCGCUGCCUGACCUCUCCAGCCUCCACUUCCCCUCGCCACUGCCCACGCCACUGGACCAGGACGAGCCGGGUUUCCCGGGGUCGUCCUCUUUGAGUGGUGGCAGCAGCACGGGGAACCUGGCCUCCACCCUCACCCAGCUGGGGAUCAACGCCGCCAACGCGCAGGGAGGAAACGGCAGCUUCCACCACCCACCAGGACUCCUGGCAUCGUUACAGAGCACGCUCAGUAACCCCUCCCUGCAGUCAUCACUAAGCAACCCCAACAUCCAGUCAUCGCUCAGCAGCCACUCCUUCUCCAACUCUCUUAGCUCCGCCUCCCUGCACUCGUCCCUCAGCAACCCCUCGCUGCAGUCAUCCCUGAGCUCCUCGCCAUCGCUGCCAUCCUCCCUCAGCAGCCAAUCGCUGCACUCGUCCCUCAGUAACUCCUCCCUCCAGUCUGCGUCCAGCGGUAACCCUGGUUACAGCAGCGGCAUGGGUGGCUCUGGCUCCUGCUCUUCCUCCUACUCGACACUUAUGAGCGGGCAGGGCCAGCCACCGCCGCAGCUCAGCACGUCGCCGCGCCGCCGCGUCCAGCUGUCCCCGCUCAUCCUGCCGCUGGGCGGCGACUCACGGCGGCAUCACUCCAAACAGUUCUCCCCGACCAUCUCGCCCACCCUGUCCUCCAUCACACAGGGUGUCCCGUUGGACACCAGCAAGCUUCCUCUGGAUCAGCGGCUGCCUCCGUACCCGCUCAGCCAGUCCCACCAGCACCAACCCGGCGCGCAGCAAACGCCACUGCCCCAGCACCACCACCAGCCGCCGCUCCGCCUCCAGCAGCCGCGGCCCAGCAGCCAGCAGCAGCUCCACCUGCAUAACAUGCGGAACCAGCACCUGCAGCAGCACUUCGGAGCGCAGCAGAGGCCAAUGGGACCACAGACGAGCGCGGCGCCCCCCGUGAAGAGCGAGGGCGUGCCGGAGCAGUGCGUCCAGACCUCCUCGUCCUCGCUGUGCCACGCCAAACAGGAAGCGGAGCAGCAGAGAGCCGGCGGCUUCCAUCAGCACCAGCAGCACGCCAGCCUCCCCGCCGACAUCUACAACGAUGCCUUGCUCAGCUCUCUGCUGGACGACCCCUACCUGAGCCUGCAGCUCACCGGCAGAUCUGAGCAUCAGUUCGCCACAGAGACCCAGGCCGACGUGCUGUCCCUGAACCACAGCGGUCUGAGCUGCAGCGCAGACAAGAACCAGUUUCCCUCCAACAGCCAGGGGGCGCUAGACCUGCAGGACCUCGGCGACCAGCAGCUCCUCAACAAUCAGAACCAGAACUUCAGCGGCGGUGACGGACGACAUAACGUGCCCAACAUCAUCCUCACAGGCGACUCUCCGACGGGCCUGUCCAAAGAGAUCGCCAGCGCGCUGUCCCACGUCCCCGGCUUCGAGAUGGACUCCUUCUCGCUGGACGACCAGCUCCGGAUGGACCCGCUGUCCCUGGACAUGCUGGAGGGCAACCUGAUGCUGGCCGACCCGGCCGUGGAGGACUCCUUCCGCUCCGACCGGCUCAAGUGACACCGCCGACGCUCCGGGAACGGCGCCCGCACCUGGAGCUUGAGAGGACUCCGCCCUCCCAUCGCUCCCCCACAGCUGGUCUGCAGAGUGAGGUUUUGAAGAAUGCACCUUCGUCGAUGAAGGAGCUGAGAUCUGUGUUGGGGGAGGGGUAAACUGAAGGAGGCGGAGCCUCACUGUCAAUGGCACUUAAACUGAAAAUGCUCUCGCUUGCUUGAAGUCAGGGACCUGCCGCAGCUUUCUGACCGCUCCCCGCCCACACCCGGCCUCCAUGAUGGCGUCGCGCCACAGGAGCGGAGGCGUGAGAGCGGUGUAGAAGCCAAGCCACUUUAACAGGAACUUAGCCAUGUCCCCUGACCUCUGUCCCCUGACCUCUGUCCCCUGACCUCUGUCCCCUGACCUCUGACCCCUGACCUCUGACCUCUGACCCUGCAUGCUGCUUCUGCUCGGGCCACUCCGCUCUUUUAUGCAGAACUCAUUUUGACGUCUGAGCGUGCUCAGACCUGCCCACCUUUAUGUUGCCUCUGACCGGACACGAGCGUCGACCUGCAGCAGCUGAGCGUCGCCGUGGUCACACGGGGCGCUUCGAGUUUUCUCCCGCCGAGGCUCGUCAGGAGGACACGCCCCUCAGCUGCAGAACUGCCGUGGCUGCACGAAGACUGUACAUAAAGAAUGGACACACCCGCCUCGGCGCUGUGAGUCGACGCGUCCCGUGUCAUCACACGAUCCGCUCGCUCUUCGCUGCUUCUCUGUGUGAGCGUCAGCUGAUCUGAAGGCGGAGCAUCAACGGUGCCUUCGAUCAGCUGAUGUCUGUCUGUUACGUCCACAUUCCCGCCGCCUGCAGAUCAUCAGCUGACCUUAGAACCCGAAGUGAUGCUUUUCAAAGAGGAGGAGGAGCACGAGCCUUCCUCCUCCUCCUCCUGUGUUUUUAUGAACUCGAGUAUAAAGUUUUUAUUUUUGUAAAUAACUCAGAUAUAAAAAUCAUAUUUAAGAGGAAAACGUUUAGCUUGCCACCGCCGUUGUGAGAUCAGCCGCACGUCCGUCUGACUGCUUGAAUGUCAGAAGCUCGUGUUCGAUGCUUUCGUCGCGAUGCGCUCGCCCAGGACGGCGAGGUCCCAGCAGAGUCCAGGCCCCGCCUUAAAACAAAUGUAAGAGCGUGUUAUCAACACAUGUGAUUCUGGCCAAUCAGAGCCUGACAGGAAGCUGCACGACUACAAAUUAUUUCUCAUGUUUUAAACAGAUUUUAUUUUAUUCUGAAAAUGUUUGAAUGAAUUUAAAUUUACGGAAGUUUCAUGAGGAGCAAAAAAUAAAUAAAAUCAGGCAAAAUAUAAAAGUCGUACAUUUACGAGGAAAAUGAUUUUUAAAUGUUUCCUCGUUUGCUGCUUUAAUCUGAAAAUUCAACAUCAUAACCAAAAUAAAUAAAUAGUUUAUUGAUAGCAGCCUGAUGACGUUUAUUAGAAAAAAUUAUUUAUAAUCCUGAAAGGAUUCAACUUUCUCUGAAUUUACAAAAUAAAUGUUUUUUAUAUUUAAAGAUAAAAUAUUCUAUCAUGGCCCUGACGGGCUGCCGUAGGAACCACACCGAACGAUUAAAACAUAAUCCCCAAAUCCUUCCUGUUCCAGCCUGGAAGGUUUUGGGAAACCUUGAAUCCAAAGCAAGAGUGUUGGGGGAGGAGCUUCAGAGCAGCCUCGCUGGUUUUCAGGAGGAGGUCGGGAGGCGACGAAGGUGAGGAAGAGCAGUGGGACUGGAGGUUCAGGUGUAACUGCUGCCCCCUGCAGGUCGCUCACAAGAUAAAGGUCACAGUCGAGGACAGAAAAACGAAAUAAAGCUGAUCUCUGAGGACCUGCAGACAAGCUCCUCCCACCUUGAGUCGGCUGUCAGGAGCAGCAGCCGCUCCAGUCAUUGAUCGAUUGACUUCCUCGUUCAGUCUCAGUGACCCGAGACGAGAGGUCAGCUUCAUCUUCAGCGUUCGCUCCGUCGAUCGAUACCCGAUCAGCUCAUUGAUCUCCUGUGAUCACAGCCUGAUCUGAUCAAUAUGUUCACAUUAACAGGCUGCCGUAGAGCAGCCAAUAAAAACGCACCGCACUUCACGUCAUCACAGGCGUCAGCCAAUCAGGUCAUGUCAUGAAAAACCCGAGAAGUCAAAGUGCUGCACACGAGUCUGGACGUGUGAUCUUUGCACCUCCUCCUGGAGGAGGUGAGGCGGCGCCUUCGGACCGCGGCGGCGUCUGUGUCAGAACCACUUCAGGUACACAAAGAUUAAAAAGCUCAAAUAUUUUCUGAGAUUAAAGUCGUAAUUUUAUUAAAAUGCUUUUUUCUACUUUUUGAAUCUGAGAGAAUAUUACAGAUAUAAUUGGACACGUUUCACAGGUUUGUUUCUUAAACGUUUCUUCUUCUAGUUUUCCUGUAAUGACCCUAACAGGCCGCCGUAACAAAUCAUUUAAAAACGUAUAAAUGACUGAUUUUGGCAGAGCCAUAAUUUUGAAAAGCACUUCCUGUUCCAGGCUGAAAAGUUCUGGAUAAUCGGACCUCCAGUCUCACUACAAACGCUAAGGCCUUAUUGGUCAGCUUUUGGAAGCCUGCAGAGGGGCAGCACCUGCAGGCUGGGAGCAGAUGACCAUAUAAGGACGUUUGUGCCGAGGUGACGUCAGCCAUCACAGACGCAGGAAAAAAAAGUUUUAAAGAAAAGCUCAGAGGUGACUUUAGUGUUUAUAGAUGAAGCUUUGAUCAUGUGACAUGUUAAUGUUACGCCACAAAAAGCCAAUCCUCCAUCCUUCCUUCCUUCCUUUUUUCCUUUCCUUCGCCCGUGUCACCGUUCGCACCAUGAAUACGAAUAAAAAUAUUAAAUAUUUUAUUAAAAGUUUCUUUGGUGGAAUCGGCGACGUGUUUGCGUUCAGCAGCAGCGUUUCUUUUUUUUCCCUUCUGUUAGAAUAAAACCCAAACGCGUUCGAUCAAACGGACGGAGAAGCUUCGUGCGGCGAUCCCGGAACAAAAUCGUGUUUUACUUCCUGUUUAAUGUUUUGUUUGUUUUUUCCUUUCAUACGACGUUCAGUAGGUCAAAAAGUUCAAAACUGAGGAAGAAAUCCCAGAAUUCACCUGUGUGUGUGUGUGUGUGUGUGUGUGUGUGUGUGUGUGUGUGUGUGUGUGUGUGUGUGUGUGUGUGUGUGUUUCCUUGUUAUGCAAUAAAUGUGUAGAGUUAACCUGCAGUUUCAGUCUCUGCCAGUAGAGGGCGCUGCUGACCUGUGUGUGGAUUAGGGAUCAGUUAAAGGCCAUAUUUCAUAUUUUUUCAUAUUUUUUAUUGAUAUAUGAUAUUAAUUUCUCUCAUUGAUGUUCAGUUUUUUUUCAUAUUUUUUAGACUCCAGAGUUUAAAAAACUAAAAAACAAAAACAGCUGAGCGCUCUGCGUCUGUCGCUUCAUAUUUGAAUAAUAAAGUUUGUUUCUAUUGAGAUUUUUAUUGUCAUAACCAGGGAACGUUGAGUGUUGUACAUAUGAAAACGUUUUGAACCCAGAGGUGUUUUUAAAGCGCAGCGGCUGGAGGUUCACCGUGUUUUACAGAAAAUAAAGAAAUAAAGCUGAAACUGAAA